CUUGCGUGGACGUCCCGCGCCGAUCGCCGCGCAACAUUUACGAAGUUCACCUUUUGUUUCCAUUCCAAAUUUAAAAUCUGUGUUUUAUUCUUUUGUUUCUUUUGUCGAAGAGCUUUGAGGACGACGCGACGUUCUGAUUAAGGAAGAUAUUGGCCGUUGGAGUGAAAAAUUACGUUUUCCAUUAAAUAAUACACAGCGAGAUGCGUUCCCGACACUUAUCGCUACUCUGUUCUCUACUCGUCAUUGUCGCUACAGCUUAUGGACAAACUGAAGAAACUGAGGCCCCAACCACGGCCACGACGAAGGCCCCAUCGACGACCUCAACAGCGCCACCUACGUCAACCAUCGCCUGGGAGACAGAAACUUUGAACGAGGGUCAGGCCAUCCAGAAGGCUCUGCAAUACUUGCUGCAACACCGACAGCCAGACUGGGGGUGGAGCAACGACACGCACCAUGUUAUGCUUACCUUACAGCUGGCAAACAACACAGGCAAGGAGAUAGAACAACAAGGACUAGAGAUGCAGCUGUCAGCCAAGCAGAUGGAGAUUGAAAUCUUGCUCAUGAUGUCCAAGCACCACGAGUCACCCCCACCGCUGGGGCGCUUGGCAGCAUACACACUCGCUCUUGGCGCCCUCUGCAAGGACCCCCGCUCCUUCCACGGCCGGGACCUGGUUGCAGCUUUACUCCACCGAGAACCUCCUCACGACCUGGAGUUCGCAUAUGCCACCCUGGCUGCUUGCUCCUCUGCUGCACACGUUAGACGUCGACAUAUCCGAAGACUCCUGGACAUUGCGAACGCUGCUGCUGAUCAUAGUCUUGACACGAUCUCGAUGGUGAUCCUGGCACUGCGCUGCGUGGUGCAAGACCACCGCCACCGCAGCCUGCUGCACUUCGUCCGUCGCCCCAUGGCGGGGUUGGCUCGUCAGCAACACCCUGAUGGCAGCUUCGGAUCGCUCACCACCACUGCUCUAGCUAUACAGGCCCUCGAAGACUCAGACAGCGGUCCGGGCGCGCACCAGCACUGGAGUCUCCCUGCUGCUCGGAAGUGGCUGCUUGAGCGCCAGAACCCCGAUGGAGGAUGGGGGGACGUGGCCAAGACCGCUGCAGCGGUGGCAGCGCUGACUCCAGCGUCCCUAGCUGCCGUGCGUCCACCACACUGCAGCGAUAAGCUGCUGGAUAGUCGACAUGAACCCCUUGACAGCAACGGCGGCGACGGCAGCAUCAAACUAGCAUACCAAUCAGGCCACAACAGCAACGAGUCUGACGCCCGCAAUGUCUCAUUCACUUACACCCUGUGGCUCGGCACUAACGUCACUGAGAACUACACGCUCUACAUGGUUGCUCCGAGGAACGUCUCCUUCUACCACGUGAUGCAAAUGGCGGCGGACCAGGACCCGAAGUUCAAGUUCGAGGCCAGCGAGUGGCCCAACGGUCAUUACGUGCACACCCUGGCCGGCCACAAGGAGGAGCCCAUGGGCUACCAUUACUGGCUGCUGUACCGCCUGCCUGAGAUCCCCGACCCUGCCAGCCCGCCUGGUAACCAGCUCGUCGCUCCCGUUGGUGUGGAUGACCUUCUGGUGGAAGACGGCGAACAUUACCUCUUCUGGUACAAGAAGUUGUAAAUCUACUAACUUCAAUUUCACACUUUUCUGAUACCACGUUAGGUACCUUUUUACAAUGCUGAAAAUCCUUUUUGUAUCCUUAUACAGACUUUCUAUGUUAUCUUAAUCUUUGAGUUCUCUUCAUAAAUUACUUCUAAGUGAAAUACGUAGUUUAGUUUCGUUUAGUACUAAUUCUUAAAAGAUAUCUAUCGCAAUGCGUACCAAAGAUUUUUGAAUCUCUUAAGUUUAGUGUGAAUCGUAGAUGUUUUCAUCCUUUUUGUUAUGAGGAAUGGACUUGAAAGAAAUUGUCGCCAAAAAUGUUGCUGAAGAGAUAUUGAGUACAUUUAAUACUUUAAGGAAUUACCAGGGAAAUGAGGAUAAGGUAGUCGCUCUUUGACGUUGGUGAAGUAAUUGAUAGAUUUAACGCUCGCAUAUUUCAACGCCGCUCAUACAAAAUGGCGUAACUGAUCUAAUCGCGCGGAAUUCCCGCGUCAAAAAGCAUAUUCGUGAAAUGAAUUGUCUUUACUGCAUCUUUGAACAAUGUAAUAAUUAAGAUUCUAAAGGAAUUCGGUAGGUAGUUAGACAUCUUUCUAAACUUUGUGUUAAGGUUGAUGAUAGUAUAAGGUCCGAAACUAAGCUCUGUCGUUAGAUCUGUAUUUAUCAAAUUGCAUUUAAAUGUAUUUGAAAUGUGCAAUAUUUCAAUACUUACUAGUAGGUUUCUGUCACAAAGAGGCGCGGCGAAAGUAUGUCGAAGCCUCUUUAAAAAUCUGUUUUUGUCUUGCAUGCGUUACGUAGAAAGCAUGUAAUAUAGCUGUUGCCAACUCUCAAAUCCAAUUGUUACAUCGGUAUUAAGUCAUAAAUCCAAAAUUAAUAUCGAAAUUACCUAUCUUUUAGUCGUUAUCACUAGCCCUGUAGCCUUGGAACUGUAAAAAUAAUCAUUUCUUUAUAAGUACAGAUAAGCUACAUUUUUAGAGUGUUACAGAAUCUCAAUCGAUAGGAUACUUUUGUUUCACAGGGAGCGAUUCUAUGACCUAAAUGUUACACAUUAUUUGGUGUGAUAAUAUUAUAAAAUAUUAAAAAUAGCCUAGAUCAAGAGCUAGGUAAAAAAUACAGCAUCAUCUCAAUAAUGAAAGUAGAUAAAUACUUAAGCUCACAUAAAGUGUUAUUUCGUAGAGCAGCUCAAAAUACUACCUUAAUAAUACACAAAUACAUAGCGGUCAAAUACAUAACCCUCCUUUUCGCUUCGCCAUAAUCGGGUAAAUAUCAAGUUUUUCUUUUUCUUUUCAUUUAUCUUACACAUACACUUAAUAAAUAUGUUCAAUAAAACGGGCCCUAGAAUCGUACCCUGUAAAACACAUACAUGUAAUCUUUACAAGUUAGUUUUAAUUAAUCAUUUUAGACGAGACUGAGCGACUCAAGUGUUAAUGGAAUAAAGUGCAUUAGAAUUAACAUUUUUAUUGUACCUACUGAAUGGUUCUUAAUAAAUACUAUUAAAAUUUA